AGUUCGUGGUUUUCUCCCUCAAAAAAGCUCCGGUGUCGGUUCAUUUCGCGGGCUCAACUCUCUCCCGUUCCUUAGCCCUGGCGGAAAAGAUUUGAACCCUUUAGGAUGAUCGCGUGAUCGCUGCUGCUAGCUCUUCGUUAAACCCAACUCGUGCAAAGCAUUUGCGGACUCAUAGUCAAAGGUCAGUGGAACUGUCCCUUCCACUCGAAGCUCUCUUCAGUUCUCACCUCCGCCAUCAUCCACCAAGUCCUCCUCAACCUCUCCUUCCACUGUCACAAUCCUUCCCAUCUGUUGGCAUUCUUCAAGAACGCGGAAUCGAUGCCCAGGUACAAGCACUCUCUGCAAUCCUCGUGGACCAUGAUCCACAUCCUCGCCAGGCACAGACACUUCAAGAGUGCCCAGGACCUGCUCGAGAAAAUUGCUACCCGAGAUUUCUUGUCCUCCCCUUCGGUUUUGGGAGCUCUGGUGAGGGCGCAUGAUGACCCGGAUGCGAAUUCGCAGGUUUUCAGCUGGCUGGUGAUAGUUUAUGCGAAUUCCAGGAUGACCCAGGAUGCGGUUCAGGUGUUCGAGCACAUGAGAGUAUGCGGGCUUAAGCCGCAUCUGCAUGCCUGCACUGUGUUGUUAAGUUCUUUGGCGAAGGAUAGAUUGGCUGAUAUGGUGUGGAAAUUAUACAAGAAAAUGGUUAGACUCGGGGUUGUUCCGAAUAUUCAUAUAUAUAACGUGCUGAUUCAUGCUUGUUGCAAGUCCGCGGACACGGAGAAGGCGGAAAAGAUAUUGAUUGAAAUGGAAUCUAAAUGUGUUCAUCCUGACCUUUUCACGUACAAUACGUUGAUAGCGUUGUACUGCAAGAAGGGCAUGCAUUAUGAAGCUCUAUGUGUUCAAGAUAGAAUGGAAAGAGGGGGAGUAAGUCCUGAUAUUGUGACCUAUAACUCUCUUAUAUAUGGACUUUGUAGGGAAGGCAGGAUGAGAGAAGCUGUGAGAUUUUUUAGGGAAAUCAAAGGUGUUACGCCUAAUCAUGUGACAUAUACAACCUUAAUUGAUGGGUAUUGCAGAAUAAAUGACCUCGAAGAGGCUUUAAGGCUGCGAGAGGUGAUGGUGGCCAAAGGUCUGUAUCACGGUGUUGCAACGUACAAUUCCAUCCUGCGUAAGUUAUGUGAAGAAGGUAGAAUGAGGGAUGCCAACAAGCUCUUGAGUGAGAUGAGUGAGCAGAAAGUAGAACCUGAUAAUAUUACGUGCAACACUUUGAUUAAUGCAUACUGUAAGAUAAGGGAUAUGAGGUCUGCAUUGAAAGUGAGGAAUAAGAUGCUCGAGGCUGGACUGAAGUUGGACCAAUUCACGUACAAGGCACUGAUUCAUGGUUUCUGCAAGGUUCAAGACAUGCACAACGCAAAAGAUUUCCUCAUUAGCAUGCUGAAUGCUGGAUUGUCUCCCAGCUACUGCACUUAUUCCUGGCUUAUAGAUGGCUACUGCGACUUAAACGAGGAAGAGGCGAUACUAGGACUCCCAAAUGAACUUGCUAAGAGAGGUCUUUGUGUUGAUGUUUCUCUGUACAGGGCGCUAAUAAGGAGGUUCUGUAAAAGAGAGAAGAUUGAUUAUGCUGAAAAAGUCUUUUCGAUAAUGAAAGAGAAGGGUAUAUCAGGAGAUAGUGUUAUAUAUAGUAGUCUAGCCUAUGCCUACAUGAAAGCAGGGAACGCUGCGGCCUCAUCAGCCAUGUUUGAUGACAUGUAUAAGAGGAGGUUCAUGAUAACUUUAAAGAUCUAUAGAAGCUUAAAUGCUUCCUGUGUAGGUGAUGAAAACAUCCUAAGGCUCUUUUGGAAUGAGGUGGUUGGCAGAGGCCUAAUGUCAAAAAGUAGUUUGAACGAUAUUCAACACUCUGAUUGGCAUUCAUGAAGUAAGAGCAUUAAUUCUUGGUAAAUUGAUUAUUUUUAGCUCUGCAAUGUGAGUUGCUCAAACCACUAGUAAGUUGUGUAAUGCAGCUCCAAACCUCUACGGAAAAGGAAAAGGUCCAGUGCAGGUUCUGUGCGCUGUCAUUUUAGCUUUGGGAUUGAUUGAAUGCCACAGCCCAAUCAAUUGCACAAUGCUGUCUCCUCAAGAAGGUGUAGUAUUUCUACUUGAUGCUUUUCUGGCACACUGGCUUUUGUUUUGCAUUGCUUGUAGUGAAGACUGCAGUAAGCAAUACUAUUUCAGUACUUAGUCUAUGCCACCCGCGAACUAUCAAUUUAGUUGAUUUAAAAGCUAUACGUUGUUGCAGUUUCUUGUCACAUAAGAGCAGCACCAAAGAGUUGGAUAUAGUUUGGGACGUCAUCUUGACCCUGAAGACACAGACCACUGCCACGCCAAUGUUCCUCGAGAAUUUUCUAGAGGCAAGAUACUGGUAUCUUCAGGCCCUACAUUUCCCAAGCAACCAAAGAAAAGACCAAGGAGACAACGACCAGUCCGGCAGCUAUCUCUUGGCAAAGGCCAGUGCUGCCCAGCAGUAGUCCUGGCAGGCAGCAGAGCACGUGAAGAGAAUGGCUUGUAGUGCUAAGGAAACUGUGAAGUCACACUUGGAAUUGCUGGCAAUGCCAACAAGGAUGAUGUGAGAAUGCUAUAGGGAAUGAUCUGCAUAUACUUAUUAAGGGAAGUAUCCAGUUACUGCCAAGUCUGUUGUAUUUUACUUCGAAUGAGUUGACAUUCUGCAUGUAUGCCUUAGUUGAUUUCAAAUUAUAUAAGAUUCUUCCCAUACAUUUCCA